AUGGCUUCUACGGGCUUUCCUGAAUCUUCGGACUCACUAAUUAUAGCUAGAGGCGGUGCUUAUGCUCCAGCAACAGCUACACUGUGUUCACUCAUAAUUUUCUUGUGGGUUUUGCUUAGAUUUAGCGUGAAAAGGAAGAAUACACUGGGAUCGAGAUUACCCCCAGGACCGUUUUCAUGGCCUAUUAUAGGAAAUCUGAACCAACUGAGAAAGCUUCCUCAUCGCGAUCUUCAUGCACUUGCUAAGAAAUAUGGGCCCAUUAUGAUGUUGAAAUUGGGUUCUGUUCCCACUGUUGUGGUUUCCUCUUCUGCCAUGGCAAAGGAGUUCUUGAAAACCCACGAUUUAGUUUUUGCAAGCCGACCUCUUUGUGCUGCGGGGAAAUACCUUGCUUAUAAUUACAAGGACAUGGCGUUUGCUCCUUAUGGGCCUUAUUGGAGGCACAUAAGGAAGCUGUGCGUGGCAGAAUUGCUGAAUACCAGAAGGAUCGAUUCCUUCAGAUACGUACGAGAGGAAGAAAUGCUUGUCAUUGUUCGUUCAGUGUGGGAGAUGUCUGGGCAGGGUAGGAAGCCUGUUAAUGUCACCAACUUGUUUUCAUCGUUUGGGCAGGCUGUUAUGUGGCGAAUCCUUUCCUGUACCAAAAUUUCAUUUCACGGUGAUACUCAUCUGGGUGGUCAUGGCGAAGAGAUAAAGAAGAUGGCUGCAGAGGCGGCAGCUACGAUAGGACUUAUCAAUAUCGGAGACUUCAUUCCUUACUUAGACUGGAUGGACUUGCAAGGAGUGAAGAGGCGCAUGAAAAAGGUACACGAGUCCUUCGACCAAGUGGUAAGUAAAAUAGUAGAGGAGCACCAGCAGCGCAAGGCGAAGUUGCAGGAGGAGUUGGAACAAGACUCUGAUACGAAGGAUAUCAUUGACCUUCUCUUGGAAAUGGAGAGCCUUGAUGGAAUGCCAAUCACAAAAGAAAACAUCAAAGCCAUUGUUUUUGGUAUGUACUUGGCUGGAAUUGAGACGACGACUACUACGUCAGAUUGGGCAAUGAGUGAGAUUAUUAGACACCCUAGAGUGGCCAAGAAAAUGCGAGAGGAAAUCGAUUCAGUUGUAGGCAGAGAGAGGGUUGUAAGUGAGCGUAAUAUAGCAAGCAUGGAGUACGUGCAGUGUGUGUUGAAGGAGACACUGAGGUUAUAUCCAGCGGCACCGUUCCUGCUUCCACACGAAUCGACCCAAGAUUGUACAGUUGGGGGAUACUUCAUUCCUGAGAGAACCAGGCUCAUGAACAAUGCUUGGGCUAUCGGAAGAGACCCAUCCUUGUGGGAAGAUCCUCUGGAAUUCAGGCCGGAGAGAUUUCUGGGUAAAAAUAUUGAUUUUGUGAGAGACAUAGAGUAUUUUGAUAUGUUGCCAUUUGGAGUAGGAAGGAGAGGAUGCCCAGGGGUACCCAUGGCUAGUGUAACCGUUAACCUUAUGUUGGCUCAGCUCGUUCACUGUUUUGAGUGGACCGUGGAAGGAGAUUUGGAUAUGACAGAAGUCUUUGGAGGUACCACGCCCAGGAGGGAUGAACUUCUCGCCUGUCCUGCCCUGAGGCUGUCUACCUGCCCUUAA